AUGCCUUCACUUGCCAACAUAGACUCCCGCCGUCAAUCCUGGCCACCCACGCAGCUCCGCCUGGUCCGCUCCGUCUCCGCGAAGAGCAUCGAGCCGCGCCCUCUCCUCGACGAUAUCGAUGAGGAUCCGCUCACCUACUUUCUCACCCCGAACCUGGACAACGAUGAAGUUUGCUUCACUUCCGAUGAGGACACCGAGGACGACGACGAUGACUUUGACGCCGGCAUCGAGGUUGCCGGCCAUCCCCGCGACCUGGUCCGCAGCGUGAGCCCCUCGACCCUCGAAGGCCUCGGCAGGCCCCGCCGCGUCGCGUCGCCCGACUUAGACUCAGAUGGCCUGAUAUCAGACGACGAUGACGAGGAAAAUGAGGACUAUCUCCGCUACUUUUCCUCGUCGCCCGCGUCGCCGCCCCGCAGCCCCAGCGGGUUGCUCGGCGCUAUGCCAAGGCACAGCUUCAGCAGCUACCCCUUUAGGCUUCGUCCGCGCAGCCCCGGGUUUAGGCGAGAGAGCGGCAGAUCCUCCACCGCUUUUACGUCGUCGUCGUCGUCGUUUCCGGCACCCGCACGUCCAUCGUCCACCGCCGCGGCGGCUAUGUUUUACGGGCGAGCCCCUUGGGCCGCGCGACGCGGGCCUGACGCCCCGGCCGCCCGGCGUGUCAGCAGGCCUGGCCAUCUGUGGCGCGAGCCGAGCGCGGAUGUCUGGUCCAUUGAGGAAGAGACGGCGGAGGAGCUGACGAUGAGCGAGACGCGGGGACGUGGCGUCGCCAGGAGAGAGGGCGGCCGCGGCAGUGAGGCCGCCGAGGCGAAGCCAAUUAAGAGAGUUCGGUUUGUGCUUCCUGGAGAGGAGUGA